AUGGGCUGCGAGAAGUCCUGCGUACUUCUGGUUGCAUCUGGCGGCACCGAUUGCUUGCCUGACUCGCAGCUGCUGCAAUCACUCAAAUGCACGACACUGACUGUCAUAAAUCAGUCUUUCGACCCAUCGCUGUUGAGAUUGGACGAACAAGAGUCCAAAAGGAAGGCCAACGACUAUUCCACGACUUUCUUUAAGACAACGAAACUGCUGUAUGACGAUAAAGUCAUUUGGGAACGCUCCGACCGGCAGUUUUGCGAUGACGGGGGCUUCAGAGGCCGAACACAGGGUGUAGGACUUUGGGAACCGGGGAUAGGACUUUAG